GAGAUUUGAAUUCGCAUAACACGUUUGAUUAAAAUGAGGCUGAUUUGUGAGUCUCCUCUAAACAGCAAACAAAACAAGAUAACGGUCAAUUGCCUAAAAUAAACUUCAGCGACUUCGUUUGAAAUCUGAACGCCGGGUAGAGGAGAAAAGGGCGUAGCUAUAUUAGUAAAAAGGAUACAUAUUUCAUCUGAGAUUAACUAGAAUUUUCUUAACUGCAUAAUAUAUAUAAUACUGAUUAUUCCGAAGGAAGGGAGUGUAGUUAUAUACGAACGAAAGUUAACAGUUAUGUUGCAAUUAUAUAAGGUUUAGAAUUCAGACAUUAUACUUGCAGAACAAUCUCACACUUAUUUGGAAAUGUCUUUUUCAAGGAGGCUUUCUUCAAGCAUAGUUAAAACAUUAGAAGUUGCAACUUGGUGUGUUUCUAUAAUAAAAUGAAUUGAUUUACUGAGCAGAAAUCUUGAACGUAAUCCCUUUAAGCAAACGUGCCUUAUCCUGAAAACAAAUGUACAUUGGUCCUCAAAAAUUUCUGCCGAAGUAUGAAAAAUAAUUACUCUUAAAUUAGCUUAUUGAAACUGGCACACCCAAGAAAGUUUUUGUUUCAACUGAACUAUAAGCAUCAAAGUGAUUACAGUACCUACUUAAAAUAGAUAUAUGGCACCUAUGAUAUAUUCUGGAAUGUGUCAGGACAUUUCUGGAAAUGAGUGUUGGGCAGCAACUACUGGGGAGGGGGAGCCUCUGAAUUUAGCUCCGCCUGGCCCAAGAGGAUCAAAUAAGCUUGUCUGCCUGAAAGGGCAGAGAGGUUGGGGGACACAGAAAACAGUAAACGACAGCCAUCAUGGCAAGACAACCAGCCAAAACUCUAUGGUAUGACCGUCCACGAUACAUAUUUCUGGAAUUCUGCGUGGAAGACAGCAGGGAUGUAAAAGUGGACCUUGAUGAUUACAAGGUAAUAUUCAGCUGUAAGAAUGCUGAUGGCAUUGAAAUAUACAACGAAAUUCACUUUUAUGCCCGAGUAAAUUCCAAGGAUUCCCAAAAUAAACGUUCAGGCAGGUCCAUCACACUCUUUACACGCAAAUGGAAGGACAAAGUGCCAUGGUCACGUCUCACCAAAGAAGAUUUCAAGCCAGCAUGGCUCUCAGUGGACUUUGAUAACUGGAGAGACUGGGAAGGAGAUGAAGAGGUGGAAGCAGCCAUGGUUGAACAAUAUGCAGAGCUCAUGCAAAAAGUCACUAAGAAAGGUCCACCCCCAGCCAUGGAUGAUCUUGAUUUUACCACCCAGGUGGUCUCCUGCUGCUCAGCAAAAUUAUCUACAGAAAUUAAUAGAAAGAACAUUUUGCAAGGUUUCCAUGUCAUCCUGGAAGACACUAUUCUUUUCCCAGAGGGUGGAGGGCAGCCUGAUGACCGGGGAUUUAUUAAUGAUAUCCCUGUUCUCAGAGUCAUCCGACAAGGUCCAGAUGCUUUACACUUUAUCCAGACACCACUUGACCCAGGAACUAAGGUACAACUGGUGCUGGACUGGGACCGGAGGUUUGACCAUAUGCAACAGCAUUCAGGACAACAUCUCAUCACAGCACUUGCAGAUCUGAUGUUUGGAUACAAGACAACAUCAUGGGAGCUGGGCCGUCAGCGAAGUACUAUUGAGCUAAACACCUCGUCAAUGACAGUAGAUCAGGUGACAGCGCUUGAACAGAGUGUGAAUGAAAAAAUUCGAGCUCGAGUCCCUGUGAUAGUACGAGAGUUUGCUGUGGGUGAUCCUGAAGUUGAGAUGGUAAGGAGCCGUGGCUUGCCAGAUGAUCAUACUGGGCCAGUUCGGAUAAUAAGCAUUGAAGGUAUUGAUGCCAAUAUGUGUUGUGGAACACAUGUCUCCAAUCUCAGUGACCUGCAGGUCAUUAAGCUCUUGGGUACAGAAAAGGGGAAAAAGAACAAAACCAACUUAAUUUUUCUGGCUGGUAAUCGGGUGCUGAAAAGUCUGGAUCGAAGCCAUGCCACUGAAAAGGCCAUGACAUCACUGCUUAAGAAUGGUCCCGAAGAACAUGUAGAAGCUGUGAAAAGGCUGCAGAGCUCUCUGAAGCUGCUUCAGAAGAAUAAUGUGAAUUUGCUAAGAGAUUUAGCUGUUCUUACAGUGCAGAACUUCAAAAACACCACAGCUCAACAGCCAGUAUUUGUCUUACACAGGAAAGAUGGUGACUCUGAGUUCAUGAAUAUAAUUGCAAAUGAAAUUGGCUCUGGGGAAACUCUUCUUUUCUUAUCUGUGGGAGAUGAAAAAGCAGCUGGGCUGUUUUUGCUGGCAGGACCUCCAGAAGCAGUGGAGAAAUUGGGUCCCAGAGUUGCUGAACUACUGGAAGGAAAAGGAGCAGGGAAACAUGGGCGCUAUCAGGGCAAAGCUACAAAGAUGAGCCAACGAUCAGAAGUAGAGGCCCUUCUUCAGGCAUUCACCAGCAAAUAGAACUCGGAAUAAUGACUGGGCAUCUGGACAAUAGUGCAAUUAGGGAAGAAGCAAAAGAUUCAGCCAUAAUUGUUCCUCAAGGACUAUUUAAUAAUACAAUAAUUUCUCUUUCUGUGUUUUUUGAGCGUGCCAGUAUCAGCAGAAAAGAAUUAUCAGUGGUCUAAUACUGCAAAGAGGGAUAUUACUAGAAAUGAAAGAGAUAAAAUAUGUAAGAGAGGUGUGGUAUGUAAAACAAGCAUGUCUGGAAACUUUGUUGUAUGGCUGUAGAAAGAAACAUCAUAAACCAUUUUUUUUUGGUAUAGAGAAGAAUUGCAUUUUUCA